ACUGCUUCAUAGCAGAGUUCGGACUCCGAAAUCUCGUCCAGAAUCAGAUCUUCCUCGUCGACAACGACAGACACGUCAUGGUCUAAUGAGCCGAAUUCAGAUGAAGAGAACCAUGAUGAGCAGUACCUGCUUGUUUGCAUCAAUCGGAAGAGCCUUCCCACAUUGGUUCAGAUUGAAUGCAGCCGCUUUGAAAACGACCAGUACCUCUGCCAACAGAUCUUGGAAGAAUACCGAGCGAUACGGGAGUGUUCAACGUGGAAGACAUCUUACCUACUUCCCUUGUCUUUGUCAACCAUGAUAAGACGCGCAUGUGUUUAGCUAGCAGUCAAGGUUCCAUGGUGGAUGGAAUGGGUUCCGCAACUAUUUUCCUCGCUUCCUAGUACCAGUCUUUCUAAGAUGGAUACUAGCGAUUUUGUCC